AUUAAUUGCUUUGUCUUUCAGUUUUCUCUUUGAAAUGCUCAUGUCUUGGUAAGCAUGGCCUUAGUCAUGGAAAAUAUGCGAUUGUGCUAGAAAUAUACCAUUGCAAUUAAACGUUUGCAUCGUGUAUACCAUACAAUAUAUAAAACUCCAGCAACCCGCCUGUUGAAUAUUGUAACACAACACUUAAUUCUUCUCUACCUUCAAUAUAAUUUACACACUCACACCUACAAUUCAACCAGGAACUGAAAUGGACUCCUCAAAGCUCUUCUCCCCCCUCAAGGUGGGCAAACUCCAACUCGCCCACCGCCUCGCCCUGGCACCUAUGACCCGCUUCCGGGUUGACGACGACCACGUCCCGCAGGACAUGGUGUCCGAGUACUACGCACAGCGCGCUGUCACCCCCGGGACACUCCUCAUCACAGAAGCAACCCUGAUCUCAACCAGACCAGGCGUAUACAACAACGUACCGGCGCUCUAUGACAGCGCCCAAAUCGCACAGUGGCGCAAAGUCACAGACGCCGUGCACGCAAAGGGGUCGUACAUCUUCGCGCAGCUAUGGGCUCUUGGCCGUGUCGCUGACCCCGUCGCCACGAAGGAGGCGAAUGGUCCCGAUGCAGAGCUUAUCUCGAGCAGCGCCAGUCCGUUUAACCCGGAGGUAGUGCCGAAGGAGAUGAGCGAGGAGGAGAUCGCGGCAGUGAUUGGGGAUUUCGCCCAGGCGGCGAAGAACGCUAUUGAGGCGGGCUUUGAUGGCGUUGAGAUCCACGGCGCGAAUGGCUAUCUGGUUGACCAGUUCAUUCAGAAGCCUGUGAACAAGAGGACGGAUGCAUGGGGUGGGAGUGUUGAGAACCGCGCGCGGUUCCCGCUGGAGGUGAUCAAGGCUGUUGUUGACGCUAUUGGUGCGGAGCGUACGGCCAUUCGAUACAGUCCGUGGAGCACGUUCCAGGGCAUGGGCGUUGACACAAAGGAGGAUACUAUUGAGCAGUUUGGGUAUCUGGCGCGCAAGACGGCCGAGUUCAAGCUUGCGUAUGUGCAUAUUGUUGAGGCGCGCAUUGCGGGCAACACGGAGACGGAAGUUAGCGAUGCCAAGGACUUGCAGUUCUUCUUCGAUGGGUACCAGCGUGCUGGGCCGAUUAUGGUAGCUGGCGGGUAUGUCGGCGAGACUGCACGCGAGGCUGCAGAUGUGCAUUAUAAGGACCACGAGGUGUUGGUUGCCAUCGGACGGCCAUGGACCGCGAACCCGGACCUUGCCUUCAGGAUUAAGAACAGCAUCCCGCUGCGGCCAUACGAGAGAGAGCACUUCUAUACAGCGCGCAGCCCAAGGGGAUACAUCGAUUAUGAGGUCAGCGAGGAGUUCAAGACCGCUGCUGCUGCUGCUUGAUUUUGAUGGGUUUACUGCAUUUGCUUAGCGUAUGAUAAUGUAUUUCGGUCUCGUUAUAUAGAUAUAAAUGCAUAA